AUGCAAUUCACUACUCUUGUUGCAUUCGCUCUUGCCGCUACCGCCUCUGUGCACGGUACUCCAAUCCAUAAGCGUAUUGCGCAGGUCAUCUCUGACUCGACUACCAAGUGGGAGGCAGCAUGUGAUACCGCUGGCGGGGGUGCCCAAUGCAACCAAGUUGCUGUCGCGUCCUUUGGCACUCUUCUUGCCGCUCCUGGUCCAUGCGAGCAGCAGGAUGCCGCUGAUAACAUGGUUGACCUCGCAAAGACUCUCAGCAACAACGCAGACAUGAUCAAAUUUGCUCAGAUCUUCGCCCAGCAGCCCCGAAAUUCUCCUACAUCACAGAGCGUGCUCUACUGCCAGUCAGCCCCGCGUAAUGCUGAGCUCAAUGGGCUCUUCCAGUGUCAGUUCCAGGGCGAUAACCCAACGACCUUUGUCGGUGGCAUUGCCGUUGGUGGUAACGGGACUAUUCCUUUCGGUAUGAGUGCACCUGUCAGCCCGGCUGGUUCUUGCCUUGCAAACCCCUCCGGUCCCAUCGCUGAUGGCUCACAACUCGUGGAUCUCACCCAGAACCCUGGUGUUGGUGGCACAACUGCCUCCAGUGACACCACUGGUGGAAGCAAUAGCACCUCGACAGUGACCACUCCUUCCGCCGCACCUUCGUCUGGUUCUUCGGAUUCUGACUGCGAGGAGGAUCCAACCGAGUCUACGCCUACCGCUUCGCCCACCAUGGCAACUACUAGCGCCGCCGCGGCAAGUACUAGUGGAAAUUUCAAGCUCACCAAUGGUCAGAACGCUCAGAAGCUCAACGCGCAGUUUGCUACGCUAACUGCUACUUCUCUCUGCACUGAGGGUACCAAUGCAUGCGUCAACAGCGCUUUUGCGCAGUGCGUAGGGGGCACGUACGUGACUCAGUCUUGUGGGUCGGGUCUCAUUUGCGCUGCCCUUCCUCUCGUCAACUCUGCUGGAACUUCGAUCACCUGCACCACAAAUGCUGAUGCUUUGGCUCGCAUUGCUGCCACUGGCGCGCAGGGUGGCCUCACUGGAUGA